AUGCGCACUCGGUUGCCAGUGUCUCUGGCUCUGGGCGCCAGUCCGCGCCAGGCCUUGCGGCCAUACAGCUCCUUUGCGCGCGAUAUAAUCAGUAAAGCGACAUCGAAACCUGUUGCAUGCGACAGCAAUGGCUCAAUUCGCCUCCAUUCGACCCUCCAUUCGACCGCCUCGGGUGUACUCCGGAAUGGUCCCAAUCCUCUCGUACUCCAAAACAGCAGCGCCAAAUAUACCCCGUCUACGUCUCGCAUUAUCGCUUCAGCGCGUCUCUUAUCAUCCACCCCGAAAUCUUUCCAAGCGAAACCACCAACCCCCGCGGAAGCCGAACAUGAGGCUCCUCGUCCAACUCCGGAAUCGGAAGAGGACAAGGGCUUCGAAUUAUCCGAGCGAGCAGCGCAAGCAGCUCAAGUGAACAUGAGCGCCAGAUUGAAUAAAGAUGGCGGAAAGAAGUCCGGCUUCGCAGAGAUUGUGCGACUGCUGAAAAUCGCACGUCCUGAAUCCAAGGCCCUCGGAUUUGCCUUCUUCUUCCUCCUGGUUUCCUCCGCAAUCACCAUGUCAAUUCCUCUCUCCAUUGGUAAGAUCAUUGAUGCUGCAACCAAGAACAUUUCCGAAGGAGCCGGGGAGCUGUUUGGUCUGAGCAUGCCCAUGUUCUAUACCGCUCUUGGUGCCAUUCUUCUUGUUGGUGCCGGUGCCAACUACGGUCGCGUCAUCAUCCUUCGCAUUGUCGGUGAAAGAAUUGUCUCUAGACUCCGUUCCAAGCUUUUCCGUCAGACUUUCAUCCAGGAUGCCGAGUUCUUCGAUGCCAACCGGGUCGGUGACCUGAUCUCCCGCCUCAGCUCCGACACCGUCAUUGUUGGUAAAAGUAUUACGCAGAAUUUGUCCGAUGGCUUGCGAGCCGGUGUUAGCGGUGCAGCUGGAUUCACAAUGAUGGCCUAUACCAGCGCGAAGCUGUCUGCUAUCUUGCUUGUAUUGCUCCCUCCGGUCGGCCUAGGCGCUUUCUUCUACGGACGAGCGAUCAGAAACCUGAGUCGCCAAAUCCAAAAGAAUUUGGGUUCGCUGACCAAGAUUGCUGAAGAGCGCCUGGGUAACGUCAAGACCAGCCAGUCGUUUGCCGGUGAAGUUCUCGAAGUCAAUCGGUACAACAAGCAAGUUCGAAAGAUCUUUGAUCUUGGCAAGAAAGAGUCUUUGAUCAGUGCUGCGUUCUUCAGUUCGACAGGUCUUGCUGGAAACUUGACCAUUAUGACUCUGUUGUAUGUCGGUGGAGGCAUGGUGCAAUCAGGUGCCAUCAGCAUCGGAGAAUUGUCAUCAUUCUUGAUGUAUACUGCCUACGCUGGAUCAAGCAUGUUUGGCCUUUCAAGCUUCUAUUCCGAACUCAUGAAAGGUGUUGGUGCGGCGAGCCGACUGUUCGAGCUGCAGGACCGCCCGCCCACAAUCCACCCGACCAAGGGUCUCAAGGUUGAGACAGCACGUGGCCCAAUCCGGUUCGAGAAUGUUACUUUCAGCUAUCCUACACGACCCGCUGUCAAGAUCUUCAACGAGCUGAAUUUUGAAAUCCCACAAGGAACCAACGUUGCUGUCGUUGGACCUUCGGGAGGUGGCAAGUCCACCAUUGCAUCACUGUUGCUCCGAUUCUACAGUCCCACGGAGGGCCGAGUAUUGAUCAACGGAAAGGAUAUCAAUGGAAUGAAUGCCAAGUCCCUUAGGCGAAAGAUUGGUGUUGUUUCGCAAGAGCCUGUGCUCUUCUCCGGGACAAUCGCUGAUAAUAUCUCCUAUGGCUUGCCUCGCGCCACCCGCUCCGAAAUAAUCGCCGCUGCCCGCAAAGCCAAUUGCCAAUUCAUCAGCGACUUCCCUGAUGGACUCGAUACUCAUGUUGGUGCUCGUGGAGCCCAACUCUCAGGCGGUCAAAAGCAACGCAUUGCUAUUGCCCGAGCGCUUAUCAAGAAUCCCGAUAUUCUGAUUUUGGAUGAAGCUACUUCUGCCUUGGACGCCGAGUCCGAAACUCUCGUCAACAGCGCACUGGCAUCUUUGCUCCGUGGCAACAAUACCACGAUCAGCAUUGCUCAUCGCCUUUCAACCAUCAAACGCUCUGACACCAUCAUUGUUCUCGGCAAUGACGGUAAGGUCGCGGAGCAGGGCUCCUACGAAGAGCUCAGCUCCCACCCAGAUGGUGCCUUUACCAAGCUCAUGGAAUGGCAAAUGAGUGGCGGUGACACACCUCCCUCUCCAGCUAAACCCAUUGAGAGAGAUGAAUAUUGGCACCUCGAGAAAGAAAUGGAGUCAGAGCCUGAGGUCACACAUGAAGAACAGGCAGACGAGCAAACCUCACGCAAGAACUAA